AUGUCUGGUUGUGGUCGUAGCGGCGUCACCAGUUCAGGUUGGUGUGUAGCUGUAGCGGCGCACCAGUCAGGUUGGUGUGUGGCUGUAGCGGCCACCAGUCAGGUUGGUGUGGCUGUAGCGGCCACCAGUCAGGUUGGUGUGGCUGUAGCGGCCACCAGUCAGGUUGGUGCGGCUGUAGCGGCCACCAGUCAGCGCGUGUUCGUGUAUGUGGCGCAGGGAGGUAACAAGCGGCGGGGCCCCAGGACGACCAUCAAGGCGAAGCAGCUGGAAAUCCUCAAGAACGCCUUCGCCUCCACGCCCAAACCCACGCGGCACAUCCGCGAGCAGCUGGCCAAGGAGACUGGCCUGCCCAUGCGGGUCAUACAGGUGUGGUUUCAGAACAAGAGAAGUAAGGAGCGACGCAUGAAGCAGCUGUCCUCUAUGGGCAUGCGGGCGCAUUUGUUCGGGAACCCGCGCAAGCUUCGGGGUAUGCGCAUGUCCCCCAGCAUGGAGGAUGGCUUCCCCUACUACGGUGACGCCUUCGGCUACGGUCCCCAGGGCUUCCAUGACUUCUUCCCCGGCCAGGGUCCCCCGCCACCCCCAGGCAUGAGCUUCCCACACGGUCUGCCGCCCUCCAUGGAGCAGCCACUGCCCCCUGGGGGACCAAUGAGUGACUUCCCAGGGCUGGGUGGGCUUGGGGCUCCCCCUGUCUCCGAGGCGGGGCACUUCAUGACUCAGCCCCCUGAUAUGCUUUCGCUAUCGCAGAGAUCCUCCCCUGACGGCAUGAUCAUGGCGCAUGGUGGUCAGAGCGGUAACUUCGAUCAUCAAGUGAAUGAGGGUCUGGUUUGGUGACAUGAAGCUGACCUCUGAUGACGCCAGAGACCGUGUGAGGUGGUCGGCUGCGACGUCACCGGAGGCAUCACCGGGGGCCUCUCCGGGGGCCUCACCGGAGGUCUCACAGGAGGGAUAAUGCCGCUCCUCUCACGCUACCUUCCAGGACACAAGGGGCCGCCCGCGUCGUCCAGGCGACCCUCCCCAACACCCCCACCGCGACCCCACUCCCCUACCUCCUAUUCCCCCAUCUCCUACUCCCCCUCCCCCUCCUACUCCGCCCUGGUGGAAUGUUCAAAAAAAUAGGGAGACGCGAUGGCACUUAACUAAAAUGUCCUAACUUGUGUGUUAACUAAAGGCUUGAGAAAUGGUCACAUUGGCGUAUAUGUUUGAUCUAUUGCCAGUACUCUAGACCAAGGUGUGUGGCACUCCCGUGUGACGCUCGUGGCCCUGGUGUGGCACUCCCGUGUGACGCUCGUGGCCCUGGUGUGGCACUCCCGUGUGACGCUCGUGACCCUAAUGUGGCACUCCCGUGUGACGCUCGUGGCCCUAAUGUGGCACUCCCGUGUGACGCUCGUGGCCCUAAUGUGGCACUCCCGUGUGAUGCUCGUGGCCCUAAUGUGGCACUCCCGUGUGACGUUCUAAAACCAUCAAAGUGGAUCUCUCUAGUACCUGCGGUUACCCAAUCUCCUCUUCCUCCUCCUCCCUCGGUACUUGCAGCCUCAACCUUAAAAAUAACAUUGUGCAAGACAGUGCUGUAAUUCUGCAUGGCAGUGUCCUCGUAAGGGAGGUUAAAAAAAAAAAGAUGGGUUUACACACCAAGUGUGCAGCCAAACUUUGGAAACAUCCUCGCUGCUAUCCGCUACAUCAUAAAAUAGGCAGUAAAUGUUUAAUGAGAGCUGGGAGUGGAUGGAACUGAAGCCCUGAAGUGGUUUGUGUUUUAUGGUAGAUGGGAGUUUAUAGUGUUGCGUUUUAUAGUGGCGAAUGUCGGCGCUGAACUGUUGGAGCUGCCAGACACAAAGUUGACUGGAAACAAGGCAGUAUAUAGACGUUACAUAGCGUGGGAAUUAUCACACUCGCUGCUGUGUCAGGGGUAAACACAGGGUCCUCUUGGGUUGACCACAUGCUUCCUAGUGCAAAUUCCUGGUGGCAUCUUUCGAUUAAGACAUUAAAAUACUAAAAGUGACUACCGCUUAGAAAUAAAAAAGAGGCUUUAAGAAUGUGGAAGCAAAAUCAGUCAGUGCCCUCCCAGUUUCUUAAUGUUCUCCAUCCUCUUCAGAGUCUUAAACAACAAGUGGAAGAGCGAGGAGUGUGCCCUCCUGGCGAGGUCGGGUCACAAGGCGUCGCAGAGGUCAUGAUGUCUCUGUUCUAUGUUCCUAUGUGUAGGUGUAGCCUGGACGGCCUGGCAACUCGACCCACAAUGACAGCCCCACUUCAGCACAUCUUCACCAUAUUUUCCACUAGCUACAGUUUUAUAUGCUUUCAAAAUAUAGAACUCAUAAGUCUGUGAAUGGCGUAAAUAAAGAGUUAAUUUGUCCUCCGUGAAGACAGUGUAGGUGGUGGUCCAAGCAGUGGGUGGUGUUCCAUGACCGGCCAGUUCAUUCGAAAACGUCUAAGGUUUUCACUCCUCCCCGCCCUUGAAUGCCCUUAGAGAAGCUAUUUUGGUAUCCUUCACCUCCCUCCUUUCCUCCCCCAGGUCCACUUGUACUCCAGAAAACACGUGAAGAUGAAACAGAAGAAUGAAACCUGAAACCAGUUUCUCUAAGUCACGUCAUGAGUGGAAAUAUUUCUAACAUGAAUCAUGUUAUACAUUAGAAUGGAGAUUGAAAUCAUAUUCCUGUUUGAGUUUGAAACGAACAAAACUAAUUUAUUUCAUUUUAAUAUCUUUCUGCAGAAAAUACUCUCUCUCUCUCCCUCUCUCUCUCUCUC